AGAGAAAAAUAUUACUUAUAAAAAUAAAAUUACACUGCCUAUUAUAUUCAAUUUUAUUUCUGUAAUUUAUAUAUACUUACUUUACUCUUUUAUUUACUUGAAGUUAUCUAGAAUGGAAAAUCAGAAACGCCAUUAUGACAUACUCUAUGGUAUGACAUACUGUUCGCUGUCUGAUGGAUUAAAAAAGUAGUUAAGAAAAAUGGCGGCCAAGUCAAAGAACAGACUCGUCAAAACUCAAAAUAAAUUACUGGAAUAUGAUAAAAUUCAACUGAGAGAUGUAAUUUGCUCUAUUUGUCAGUCCAUUCUCUUAGAACCUGUGACAUUACCAUGUUUUCAUAACUUUUGCCAGAGCUGCUUUAAAAGUAGCAUAGAAAACAAUGCUUUGUGUUGUCCCCUAUGUCGGUUGCGAAUAGGUUCAUGGCUAAGAACCACAACAAAACAAAAUAAAAUAGUUAAUAUUAAGCUGUGGGACGUUAUUAAAAACAAAUUCGCGAAUGAAGUGAAUAUUAAAUUACAAGGUGAAGAUUUAAACUUAAGUCAAGAACAAUCCACUGUAUGUGUUAGUGCACCAGGUGAAAUAAGAGCAGAGUAUGAGGCAGAACUUAAGAGAUUACGAGCAGAGCGCUUACAGGAGGAGCAGAAGCAACUUGAACAAACCACAAUUCUUAUAAAGAAGAUCCAGGAAGAAGAGGAUGAAACCCAUAAGAAGUAUCUAGGAAUUCUAAAGCAAGAUGAAAUAUUGGCCAAAAAAGUGCAAGAAGAAAAUAAUAAAGAACAUAGUAAAAGAGUGGCCCCCGCUAAUAGACACCGUCAUACAUUGGCUCCUGCUAAACCCAGAUUAAAAACAGCAAAAAUAGAAGCAUUUUUAACUAAGACAUCUACAAGUUACAAAGUUAAUCCACUGUUAAUUGAUGACAGCACUAAUAGCAGCAACAGUUCUGAUUUCGCACCAGUUAAAACCGAAACUCGGGGAUCUCCUGAAAUGGUGCCCAGUUACAGCAAAUUUCUCAAAAACAUUCUAGAUAAGAAAAUUAGAAAUAUUUCAGGAAUUUGGAAUAAAGAGAAUGGUGACAACAGUAAAACAAAGAAAACCGACUUACUACCUCACGCAAAUAACUCAUUUACUACUGAUGAAAAAGAUCCGGAUAGAACACUAAAUGCAACACAGUCUUUGCCUGUAUCUUUGCCUUACACUGGGAUUCUACAACAUAAAAUGAAUACGUUGGAUAAACGCAGUGUUGCGAGCGGCAGUGUUGACUCCAUGAGGCAAGAGCUCUGUUAUUUUAAGCCAGUGCAAGGAACAACAGCAACAAGUUAUAAUGCAAAGAGAGGGUUGCCGCUGCGUGUGCCCGUUAUUCGCGUGGAGAAACCAGAGACCGCAUUGGUGCACAAAGAAGCACCCACUCAAAUGCAAUACGUUGAAGGCCUGUGUCUCCUGCGCAAGCACUCCCUGGAGCAUAAUUUGCCUUCGGCAUUUGUCAUAGCACUCACUAAGGGUCUUAUAAAUCAGUCUAAAACAAAGGCAAAGGAAAGCACGACGGGAAAUGCUGUCCCUGAAGCAGUAACUAGAAGAAAUUUAGCGACAAAAAGUAAACACUGCGUACAAGUCGAUAGCAUCGACAAAUUGGACAAAGAAACAAGUUUGCGGCGGACAAGGUCUAUGGGAAGUAUUUCAAAAGCUGAAAAUGAAACAUCUAAAAAGGCCAAAGCGAAAGCUAGACAAGUCGUUUCUGAAAGAAAACCGUACUUGAGAAGCGAAUCUAAGAAAAAUAGUGUUAAGAAAGAACUAAAUAGCCCACCAUUCAAUUCAGACUCUGCAAAUAACAAUAAAGUUAAUUUAGCUGUAAAGAAUUUAUCUAGUCCAUUGCAGCAUUGCGAUGUUAAACAAAUGUUUGAAGAACAACUCAGAAUUGUGAAACAGAUGGAGCAGGAGAAGAAGGAUCUAGAGUUGGCUCGCAAGGUGGACGCGGAGUUGAACCGCCGCAUGCUACGCCGCGCGCCCGCCGCCGCCGAAAAGCGCGCGCUGCCGCUGCAGUACGCGCUGCGCCCGCCCAAGAAGCUCAAGGUUUAAUGUUCCGUCACAAUCUUAUUACCUACUAUCCUUCUCGCAAACAUACUAAUGUUUGCGUGAUUAUUUACUUGUUGUUAUUUUUCUUUAGUUAUUGAAUGCAGCUGACCCGAGAUAAACGUCAGAUUUUAACCAGAUGCUUACAGAGAGUACUUAUGUACUAAAAUGAUUUGAUUGAAAAAACACUAGUAUACCAAUUAGAACUUAGAAGGAAAAGACGACGGAGUACGACGUAUGUUGAUUAUUUACUCGUAUGCCGUCAUAAAUAAUUAUAUGGUUUAAAUCUGUCGACUACCUCCAGAUCACAGUGUAUUGGCACAUUGCAGUGUGCUACUUUAUCUCGUACAGUAUUAAAACAUUCAAUAAUAAUUUCAUUUCUAGUCUGUCCUGGGAACUUAGAUUAGAAUAUGAACAAGUGCAGUCACAACCUGAAACUGAAUAAAUGAAAAUUUUCUGCAAUAAAAAUAUAUAUAUUAAAAACUAAUCAACAAAACAUAAUCCCCCUUAUUUAUAAACGCGUAUUAAAGUUACGAUGCCGCUGAUCAUCGUUUGUCCCUUUCCAUCAUACCAAUACGUCGGAAAGGGACAAACGAUGUUCAGCGGCAUCGUAACUUUAGUACACGUAUAUGAAUAAGGGGGAAAGUAUAGUACGGAGCACUAAAAAUUCAUAUACCUAAUUACCGAACCCGCACACAAAAUUUCACGAGAAUCGGGUAAGAAACACGAUGCGCUGAGGAGAACGGGCGAGCUGACAUAUGAAAGCAAUUACGCCCAAACUGAAACGGAGACGCUUCUCGCUCGUUCGGUCAGAAAAUCGGUAUAACUCCAUCACCAUAUCGUUUAGGUCGAAUGAAGAGAGUAGAUUUCUCACCAUAUUAUCUUCAUUAUAUCCUUUUCGUCAUUUUAUCCUUAUUCAUAAAAUUUCAAUUGCUUUUUUUAGUAAAAUUAAUAUCAUAGAAACAAAUUGAAUGUUAGUGAGAAGUGUGAGAACUUAUGAAUACAUUGGUUGCACCGAGUUCACAGUACAGACUAUAAUCUUUUAUGCCCUUUGUGGGCUUUAAUGUUUGAUUCUAAUGCAAUGCUUUUUAAAAGAAUUGUAGUUUCUCGUCAUUUACUUUGAUUCCUGUUUUCUUACAAUCAUUACACACUGUAUAGGCAAGAUCCUAUAUGUAUGUAGGUAUGUAUAUUAUGUCAGAAUAACAUACUGCAUACAAUUUUCUACCGCUGCAGCAUCAGCGAAAAAAUAUAUUUUUCUAUUGCUUAUUAUUUUUAAGAGUUAUGUAACUGUUUAGAGCUGUGAAUCUUAGUUAAGUGUUAAUAUUUAGUAGCAUACAAUGAAAAGGAAAUACGCACAUAUUAAAGUGGGUCAAUAUAAAAACUUUUCAGCGGCCUAUUUUUUUAGACGUAUUUUUUAUAGACGUAAAGUGGCCAGGGAUCUGCAGCAAACAAACGAAUCAGCUGAAUGUACAUCCACAAAAAUGCGUCUAAAGAAAUAAGGGGACAAAACGUUCCGAUAUUAAGAGUCCUUAUUCCUACAGACGAGCGUAUUUUGUAAAAUGCUUCCUUUUUCAUUCAAGAUUACGACGUAACUAUUAGUAUUUAUUCAAAAACUGAUAACGUACUUAAAUAAUCGUUUCCUAAACUAGGGGCUCCAACAGUUCAAAUUUUCAUUUUCUCUUUUAAACCUCUUUUUUAA